AUGCAUAGCAAAAUCACUCUGCUGAGUGAAGGAUCCUCAUCAAAUGUGUUCCUCACUGAGGAUCCUAAUUACGUAAUGAAGGAAUUUAAAUCUUCACACCCUAAUUCAUCGAGAUUGAAGGAAGCUCAAAUUUUAGAACUUCUUAAAGGAGAAUUCGUGGUAAAACUGAUAACCUUUACAGAUAAUUACUUAAUAUUAGAAAGACUGCAAUCUCAAGAUUUGUUCGAAGUAGUAAAAUCCAAAAAUCUCAAUCUUCAGAUACUUAAGGAAAUAUGCAAAACUCUAAUAAGAAUAGUAAACUCAAUUCAUAGAAUGCAUGUGGUACAUCGAGACAUCAAGUUGGAAAACAUACUAAUUGACAAAGCUGGUAGAUUGGUCUUAUGUGAUUUUGGAUUCGCUGAGUUGCUAACUAGUUGCACUGUCAAAAGAACUGUGGGCACUUAGAGUUAUAUGCCUCCAGAGUUGCAUCAAGAAUCAUUAUUAGGAGGAUUGAAUAGUGAAAACAUCAAUACUCAAAUUCUAAUUAAAUCUGAUGUUUUUUCACUUGGAGUUACAGUGUUUUAGAUCAUUUUAGGAUUUCAGCCAUUUGUAUCAACUAAGCCAAGUGCGAAUUGUAAACUCUGGAAGCUAAUGUUACAAAAGAAAUGGCCAUAAUAUUGGGCAUUAGUUUAAAAGUUGAGUUAACUUCAAAUUGAUCCUUUGACUUAGAACUUCUUGGAAUAAUUUCUACAACCAGAUUUUACAUCAAGAUGCUCUUUGGAUGAAAUAUAUUGUCAUCCAUUUUUGAAUGAUGUUAAAGAAGAUGUUCAUUUAAUUUUCUGA